UUAUUGUAAUGUCUUAAAAACAUCGGCUAAAAUUCUUACAAGUCUUGAUUCAGCUGGCGUAAGCAUCAUACAUGUUGGUGGUAAAAAACCACAAGCGGCCGAUAAUAAAAUUACAUUAGACUUACAUCGUUUUGAAAGACAAACACGACCACCGGCUACUGUUGUUUUAAUAUCUGGCGACAUUGAUUUUGUUGGUGCGCUAUCUGAUCUGAAAUAUCAUGCUGGUUACAAUGUCGUUGUUAUACAUAAUCAAUUUGCUAAACAAGAACUUAUAAAAAUUGCUAAUGAGCAUUUUGACUGGUCCAGUUUUACAAAAACUAGUCAUCCAGAAGUAAUAUCUCGAACCGAAAGUCUAUCGUCCCUCCAUGCCCAACAGGAGGCACCUCCUCGAUUGUUGAAAACUCGUGCUGUUGCGAGUCAAAAACGCGCUCACAGUUGCUCGAACUCACCACAGCAACUGAUGUCAAUACAGUUCUCGGAAUGCCCUCCCUCAUCAACCCAAAUCAGAAAGUCUAAUUCCCAAGAAUCCUUGCUACAAAAUCCCCACUUAUAUAAAUGUCCAAAAUGUCCUCGAAAAUAUCAGUCGUCAUUUGAAAGAAGGCAGCAUCAGCAACAACAAGGUCAUAUGUACAAAUGUUAUCAUUGUCCAAGUUUGUGUUAUACAAAACGUGAUUUAAAACAACAUAAGAAGAAACAAAAUCAUCCUGCUGAUGAAGUACGGCAAAAAGGCGAAGAAAAUGAUGAUUCGAACUACAUCAACGGUACUAUUCUCCAUUAA